AGAGCCGGCUCAUCCCAGGAUAACCAACUGGGUUCAAUCCAUCGACAACCCUCUGGCCAGCCGCAGGCCUCCACUGCGCACGGUUUCGCCUUCCGUGUGAGCGGUGGCUUGUCACGUGUCGUCGGCCACCAGACACACGUCUAGUGAGCACUUCGCGACGACUCGAGAAGCACAACAUGAGGUGGCUCUACCUGUUGCCAUGCUCAAGGGAGAGAGCCUCCGAAAUCGAUGUCAGUCACGAGCAACAUUGCCUUGCUGACAUAGACACAGGUUGGACACCGGUGUCGGUCGGUCGAAGCAGUACCCGGUACGCUCCUUGCUGCCUGUUCCCCAGCUUCGUCAUCCCCUCAGCCCAAGUCACGACCACCGCUGCCUAUACACCUCAGUCCAGGCGUGCGCAGUGUGCACAGCGUCCAAUCACUGCUCCCCUCCAGAUCGAAUUCAAAGCUGCGCGCAUACGUAUGUCAAGCUCAUUCGCCGACAACAUGCGUCCUGAAUCUACGCACGCCUACGUAACGUCGACUCUAGCUCCUCGCUCAAUCUUCCCUUUUCGCCGAGGAAACGUCGCCCUGGCCCCUCGCACGUCAGUACUUCAGUACUCGCACCGCUCAAAUUCGCCAUCAAUAUCAGGAUGCACCUUCCUGCCCGACGCGGACCCGCGCAGAUCCCCCGCGGUUGGCUACCACACCCUCUCGGCGUCGUCAUCGCCUGGAAUCCCCACUCGCCCCCGAUUGGCCGCGGGUGUGACGUACUGUGCAACGUCUCCGCUGGUGUCGUGGGUCUUGGUGGGUCUGUUUUGCGGCACGUACCGCUGCUCAAUUGAAGGUUCACCGGCAUCCAGGCGCCACAGCUGUGUAUGUCUUCGCAAGGGAGAAUCACUGUAUGUAAGAUGCGGUACAAUAACUAAGAUACUUCGCGAAAACAUAAGGCUACACCACUGAGGCCGACUCUCCUCGAUUACUAUGAUAUGAUCUCCUCUCUUAAUUACUGCGCCUCCCGCG